AUGCGCAAACAUGGGCGAGGCCCACGUGCCGUGUGCAAAGGAGGAGCUGAUGGUCAUGAUGGUGACCCCAAGGGAUGGCUCACCACGACCAUCCUGUUGAUGGCUGUUUCGCCCGUCCAAGGGUUGGGGCUGCAGGCGCCAGAGCGUCGCACCGCAGACGUCCGGUUGAGGAGGGCGACUUUGCACUCUGUGCACAACUUAGCUUUGCGUGACCCAUAA